AUGAACCGGCUCAAGGAGACGAUCUUUAGGAACCAGAAGUAUCAGCCCAACCUGCAGGGCCAGGCCUUCGACAACCUGUGCCGGCAGGCGACUGCCAAGACGCUGAAGGAGCCCGACGCGGAGCUGCACCGCGAGAUUGAGUUGGCCAUCAACGACAAGGAGUCAGGGCCUGUCGAACCUCAGGAAUUGGUGUCUGUAUUGAGGAAGAGGCUACGGUCAGACAACCCUCACAAGCAGUACCUGGCUGUGCACUUAACAAAGCACAUCCUGGCCAAAUGUACCACCAGAGUGAAGGCCGAGAACAUUUUCGCAGAGAUUUUGUUCGAGGUGGCAGUCGUUGCUGCCAGUCCAUCGAGGCCAGAGACCCCUGAGGCGAAAAUUGCAAAGAAGGCCGCGUUUGAUGUCCUAAGGGGCAACGGCAAAGCUGGCCAGGCAGCAUUCAGGGCUGUCACAGGCUUGGGGUACAGCCAACAUUGGGAUCCAGAAACACGGAUGUACACCUCUGCUCCACUGUCGGCCCGAUCGGGAGGGGAGCCAAGCAAAGAUGCAAAGUCACCAAGACAGACAGCGUCGCCUAGGAAGGACGGACAGGCAUCGCCUGGGGGGAGAGCUGAGACCAUAAAAAAACUCAAGCAUGCAACUCAGCUAGCAAAAUCGCACACAGAGGUCUUUCAAGACAUGCUGAUGCACACAGAGCCAGGCCUGCUGGAGAAUGGUCUAAUCGAAGAGCUGCUUGGAGAGCUUGAGGGCUUGAAGCAGGAGACGCCUGCCCUCAUUCAGCAGCUCAGCGGCAAGGAGGGGCCAGACACAGAGGUCGUUCUGGCAUCGGCCCUUGAGGCCCUCGAUGGAGUCAAUGUUGCGAUGACACUGUACAAGGCUGUCAAGGAGGGGCGCACAAAGGAGGUGCAGGAAAACAAGGCAGCAACCCAAGAGAAGCAGGAGUCUUUCUCGUUUCUUGAUUUGAGUGAGCCUUCUGUCAUGCCUGGUGGAGCCACUGCUCCUGCCAGCAGUGCCAAGCCUGCCAGCACCACUCCCAACGUCGAUCCGUUUGGACUGGGGCAGCUGGAGGAUGGCCUUGCAGAUGCCUUUGCAGACUUAGCAGUACAACGAGCGCAGGAGGUCGCCAACGCCUUCCAACCCACUGCUGGCGCCUCCCCAGAGCCCACAGGCAACCCUUUCAUGGGUGGAACCCUGCCCGCCUUUCCGACGAACCCCAACCCUUUCGCCCCAGCUGCUCCUACAACAGCACCAGUCCGCCAGCUGGGUCGUCAGAUAUCAGCGCCAGAGGCCCGCAUGCAGGAGUACCAGGGACAUGCCUCGAUGCCGCAUGUCGGCCAGCCGAUGGGCAUGAUGAACAUGGGCGGCUCCGGGUCCAUAAUGCAGUCCAAUCCCCGUGCGCUUUCAAGGUCGGCCACUCAGACUCGGGCUCCCAGCCCCACCCUGAGUUCACUGGACCCCUUUGCGGAGCUAGCUGCGACACCGCCCAGAGCGGUGGCGCGCGGGAAGCCUAUGAUGGGGAUGAUGGGACAGCCGCGGCCACUUGCUCAAGGGGCCAGCAAUGCGAUGAACGGCAUGCCGCCCUGUCCCAGCAACCAGCCCCUGGGCAUGCGGAUGACGCCAGGACCGAUGCUGAACACCACCAUCGGUGGGAACGGGAAUGUCAGGGGGGCCAUGGCAGGCUUUGGGCCGCCGCCCCAGCAAUCACCUGGCCUGAACAUGGCUGGCGGCCAUCAACUGGGGGGUGGCCAGUGGAGGUGA